AUGGCAGCUGUUGAGACUAGAUACCACGCCUGCGUCCAGGGGCGGGUGGGGCGCGGUGUAGUCCCUGUUGCCCGUGAGCGGAUCCCGCCUCGCACGCCGGAAAGUCUGGCCCCCAAGAAGCGGUACCGCCACCUCGCACCCCUGGCUCCCCCAGGUCGCGGGCAGCGGGACGCUCACGGCCACGCGCCGCCCGCGCUCCACUUCCGGCCGCCAGGGGAGCGGAAGCGUCCCUCCCGGCCACGCCCCCAGGCGUCCCCGUCCUCCCUACGCCAGCCCUGCCCCGAAGAGCCCCGCCGCGCCCGCGGCGCCUGCAGCAGCGGCAGCGGCAGCGGCAGCGACCCGAGCCCGCCCGGGGACUCGCCGAGCCUGGACUCCCUGGAGUCCUUCUCCAACCUGCACUCUUUCCCCAGCAGCUCCGAGUUCAAUAGCGAGGAGGGCGCGGAGAGCCGGCUCCCCGAGGAGGAGGGGCGCGCCGGGGGGGCGCCCGGGGCUGCGCCCCUGUGCCGCGAGGAGGGCGAGGACGCCGCCGCCCAGGGCCCGGCGGCCGCCAAGGAGCGCUUCCCCGGGCAGUCUGUGUAUCACAUCAAGUGGAUCCAGUGGAAGGAAGAGAACACACCCAUCAUCACCCAGAACGAGAACGGGCCCUGCCCUUUGCUGGCCAUCCUCAACGUUUUGCUUCUGGCCUGGAAGGUAAAACUUCCACCAAUGAUGGAAAUCAUAACUGCCGAGCAGCUGAUGGAAUACUUAGGUGAUUACAUGCUUGAUGCAAAGCCAAAAGAAAUUUCAGAAAUUCAGCGUUUAAAUUAUGAACAGAACAUGAGUGAUGCCAUGGCAAUCCUGCACAAACUACAGACAGGCCUGGAUGUGAACGUGAAGUUCACUGGCGUCCGAGUGUUUGAGUACACACCAGAGUGUGUAGUGUUUGACCUGCUCGACAUUCCUUUGUAUCACGGGUGGCUGGUGGACCCCCAGGCUGCUGACGCUGUGAAGGCAGUGGGUAACUGCAGCUACAACCAGCUGGUGGAGAAGAUCAUCCUCUGCAAGCAGUCGGACGACGGCCAGCUGGCCAGUGAAGGCUUUGUAGCUGAGCAGUUUCUAAACAAUACAGCCACUCAACUGACAUACCAUGGACUAUGUGAACUAACUUCAACCGUUCAGGAGGGAGAGCUCUGUGUGUUCUUUCGGAAUAAUCAUUUUAGCACCAUGACCAAACACAAGGGGCAGCUGUACUUGUUGGUAACGGACCAGGGAUUUCUGACUGAAGAAAAAGUUGUUUGGGAAAGCCUGCAUAAUGUGGAUGGUGAUGGGAACUUCUGUGACUCGGACUUUCAUCUGAGGCCUCCUUCAGAUCCUGAAACUGUAUACAAAGGACAGCAGGAUCAGAUAGAUCAGGACUAUCUUAUGGCAUUAUCUCUGCAACAAGAACAGCAGAACCAAGAGAUCAACUGGGAGCAGAUCCCAGAGGGGAUCAGUGAUUUGGAGUUGGCAAAGAAACUCCAGGAGGAAGAAGACAGGCGAGCUUCUCAGUUCUACCAGGAGCAGGAGCAAGCAGCAGCGGCCGCCGCAGUGUCUACACAGCCCCAGGGCCAGCUGGCUCAAGCUUCUCCAUCAAGUGGAAGACAAUCAGCUAUUAGCGACCGUAAAUGGAAGGAACCUCAAGAAAAAGAUAAAGAAAAGGAGAAGGACAAAACCAGCUGUGCCAUUUUGUAACAAGUACUGGGUUCUGACUGAACCAUCUACAGAAGGCGUCUUGAGAAACAAAGCCACGAGAGGAAAAGAAGGAACCCCGAGCAAUACCGUCCGUGCCUGCUUUCCCGGUGCAUCCUGGUCCUGUUUUCCAGGGGAGGUUGUGACUCUGCUACAGUCAGGCUUUCAAAGUCUCACAGCACCUUAUGAGCUGGAGCCUCUUGUGACCAGUCUGAAAUGCUGUGUACUGUCAUUCGUGAAGAAUGCUGCACUUGCAGCAAGUAAGAAAACCUCAGCAAGUGAUAUGUCACAGUGACAUUCAUAACUCAUAUCAGCUAGUAAGCUAUUUUAUCUUCUGUUCUAACAAUAAAUGGAGGUAAUUAGUCAGAUUCCUUCCUGAAAUUUGAAUAUUAGCACAAUAGUUUCUUAAAUUUUUAUAGUGUUAAAUUAUGACCUAAUCCACGAGAAACUAGGGGUUUAAUACA